CCUGAUAUAUAUACACCCCCGGGGAUGAUUUCUUCCCACUCCCUCUGGCCACUGCUGCCCUCCUCCUCCUCCUCGACGCUUCGUCUUGUCAAAGGUUGUGAAGAAAAGAAACCGCCAACAUGUCUGAGAAGAAGAUGACCUCGAGCCGCAGGCAUCAUCUAAAGAGUUUGAUGCUACAGAUCGCGGCCAACUGGAUCGCACAGGAGACAAAAGAAAUCGCAGCAGCCAAGGAGGCCUACAUGGCUGAGCACUGCCAGAAACCCUCUCUGAGCGGAGACCAAGCCACUCUCAUGGAAACCUGCAAGAAGCUGCACGCCCUCAUCGACAAAGUGGAUGAAGAGCGGUACGACCUGGAGAUCAAAGUGGGCAAAGCGAACAAAGAGAUCGAGGACCUGAAGAUCAAAGUGGUCGACCUGGCCGGCGUGAAGAAACCCGCUCUGAAGAGAGUGCGUAUGUCCGCCGACGCCAUGCUGAAGGCUCUGCUGGGCUCCAAACAUACGGUCAACUUGGACCUGAGGUCCAACCUGAAGCAGGUCAAGAAGGAGGUGAAGGAGGAGCCUUUGGAGGCGGUCGGCGACUGGCGUAAGAACAUCGAGGACAAAGCUGACAGGAAGAAGAUGUUCGAGGCCUAAAGAGUUUCACUCUGCUGCAGUAGUCGCUCGGGGCCGUUAGCACUUUUUAUGGAAUUUAUGGAAUUUUUCAUUGAAUUGAAAUACCUUUUGUUUCAUUAAACCUGCCAGUUUCA